AUGGAACCAUCCUUACCAUUUCCAUCUGCCUGUCUGUCUCUCUGGCAUAGAGGAACGCGAUCAUUCCCUCACUUGAACGCCAAUCGACUAGCAGACGUCCCCAAUGCCAUCAAAUAUGUUGUCAUUGGCUCUGGCAUUUCGGGAUCACUGACAGCCUGGAAGCUGAUCGAAGGCGGCGCAAAAGGCGAAGAGAUCCUGAUCUUGGAAGCUCGCGAGGCUGUAUCUGGAGCCAGUGGGCGAAAUGCCGGGCACAUUCGACCAGACGCCUUCCGAGGUUUCCUCCAUUACGCCUCCCUACACGGCGCCGAGCAAGCCAAAAAGAUCCUCGAAAACGAAAAGCUAGUCCUACAAAAGAUCCGUGAGUUCGUACAAACGCACAACAUCGACUCCGACUUCGUCGACACAACUACCUUGGAAGUAUGCCUUUCUCAAGAAUCCGCCGACUACCAAGCCAAAGCUCUAGCAGGGUACCAAGCAGCCGGCGGAGACAUCUCCCAAGUACAGAUCCACGAAGGCGACGAAGCAAAAGCCAGAACACGAGUGCCGAACGCAAUCCGCGCCUAUGAGUGGCCUGCCGCCUCCAACAACCCCGCCAAGCUAGUGCAGUGGAUUCUGUCCGACUUCAUCGCCAAGGGCGGCAAGCUCUGGACGCACUGUCCAGUGACCAGGGUGACGGCGCACCAAGCGCGCGACACAGACGCCAGGUGGGAUGUUCACACAGCUCGCGGGACCAUCGCGGCAGAGACGGUCAUCCACUGCACGAACGCGUACGCGGGUCUGCUGCUCCCACAGCUGAGGACGUUUAUCCGGCCGCGUCGUUCGCAGGCGAAAUCUUUUAUCCCGCGGUCUUCGCUCUCUGGCGCGGACGCGUUGAAGAAAACAAUGUCGCUACGCUACAGCGCAGAGCACUUCUUCUCUGUGAACCCGCUGCGCGACGGGACGAUUGUAAUUGGGGGGACGGGGACGCGUGACGGAUCGAACUCGGAGGCGGAGAAAUGGAAGGCGUUGGCUACUUUCGACGAUACGGGAAUCAACGAUUCCUUGGUUCGGAAUAGUGCGCGAGAGUUUGCGAAUAUUGCCUCUGAUAGUGCGGCGGAGCCUUUGCGGCAUGGGGAGGGCUUUGAUUAUGCUUGGACGGGGAUUUUGGGGAUCACGUCUGAUAAUGCGCCCGUUAUUGGGGCGGUUCAUGGACUUGAGGGGCAGUGGGUGUGUGCUGGAUUUAACGGCCAUGGGAUGGCUAUCAUCUUUACUUGUGCACCUGGGUUAGCGAGAUUGGUGGCUGGAGCAAGAUGGGAAGAGACGGGAUUGCCCGAGUGUUUCCAGGUUGGAAGAUUGAUUAAGUGUGUAUUGUAG